AGGAAAGUGAGAGGCAGACAGAGGGAAGUGCAUCUGCUGGUACCUCAUCAUCCUCCCGUCGCCCCGGACUGCAGCCGCUGAUAACCCCGCUAACGUCAGCCGGAUAACGGAGCAGAGGUCGGACCGUGUCCCGCCACUCAGCCGGUUCGGCCCGGUCACGUUUAUUAACCCCUCAACAAACCGUCCACAAAGUUCUGGUUCCUGCGGCGGAAGAAAAGCGGACAGAAAAUGAACGAGAGUCAGGUCCAUCCGCUGCUGGCCGAGUACGACUUCGAGAGGCGUUUCGACGAGAGACGGGCUCUGGAGUGGAUGCAAGAAAACUGGAGCAAAGCAUUCAUGUUCUGUGGCCUGUAUGCUGCGCUCGUAUUUGGUGGUCAGCACUUCAUGAGGGAGAGGCCCAAGUUAAACCUGCGGCGCCCGUUAGUGCUGUGGUCACUCAGCCUGGCCAUCUUCAGCAUCAUCGGAGCACUGAGGACUGGAUCGUACAUGCUGCACGUCAUCACGACCAGCGGCUUCAGACAGACAGUGUGUGACACCAGUUUCUACAGCGCCCCCAUCACCAAAUUCUGGGCCUACGCUUUUGUCCUUAGCAAGGCCCCCGAGCUGGGUGACACCAUGUUCAUCAUCCUCCGGAAGCAGCGCCUCAUCUUCCUGCACUGGUACCAUCACAUCACCGUGCUGCUCUACUCCUGGUACUCCUACAAGGACCAGGUGGCGGGCGGCGGCUGGUUCAUGACCAUGAACUACGUGGUUCAUUCUCUCAUGUACACGUACUACGCAGCCCGGGCGGCCGGCCUACGGGUGCCCCGUCCUUGCGCCAUGAUCAUCACAGCCACCCAGAUCCUGCAGAUGGUGAUGGGCCUGACCGUCCUCGGCCUGGUGUACCUCUGGAUGCACGAGGUGCGCUGUCCGUCCAACAUGGACAACAUCACAUGGGGCUCUCUCAUGUACCUCAGCUACCUGGUCCUCUUCGCCUUGUUCUUCUACAACACCUACCUCAGAGGCUCCUCUAAAGGAUCCAAGGCAGAGUAGCAUGUCGGUACUGUGCUAUUAAAGUGUGCCAUACAUAGAAACGACCAACAGCGAGGGGCCAUGAAUGUGUGAGUCACAACUAGUUAACUGGUCGCUCACUCCUCCUCUUUUUACGACAUUUUCACUUGACUUUUUACAGACGUCUGUAGCUCAGCACUGAUACAUCCAAGGUUUUACAGCGGUAGGAAAGAGGAGACCAGCGCACAGUUCAUUAUCUCAUGAUUCGUAGGGAGUUCUGUACGGAAAUUGAUUUAACACAAGAAUGGAGGACUAACAUGUUUGUGUUUGACUAACAUCGUUCUCACCUCAUUUAAACGAUUGCCUUGGUGACUCUCGACCAGUUUAACAAAAAGCAGCCAUAUAAGGGCCAAAUAUCUGUCACAGGUAGUUAACAAAUGUUUGUAUGUCAUAAUCAUCCUUGAUUUAUACGUAAAAGCUCUGAAGUAGAAAAAGUACGUAUGAGUGUUAAGUUGUUAGAGGAGUAGUUUGACAUGUUGGGUAAUGUAGUCGUUUGCUUUCUGUCUGAAAAGAGCUGGAAUCAGGAUGUUCAGCUUAGCAUGAUCUCGCUUAGCCAGACCUUUAUCUAUAGAGCUGUGUCAGCGCCAGAGAAAGGUCUGGAGCACUCAUUAUCAAUCUGCUGUAGGGAAUGAAAAUACUCUGACUUAUUUGUAUUCCUGUAAACCAGUCACACUUGACUGUGGCGGUGCGAAGCCGAGGAUGCAGCAGCUUAUUUUGGUGGAACAUUUGCAUGUUGGGAGAUGAGCACUGUUGUUAAAAUGAUAAAAAAGACUGACACUGAAUCUGUCAGAACAGCAGACGAUUUGCUGGCUGUAAGUGGCUUUUGCAUAUUGGACAAAUCAACUCCGACUGGCCGUGUCAGAAAAUGGAGCAACAUCAGGGGCACGAGAGCCCUGUGAGUGGCAGUCUGGGCUUCUCAGAGGUGUGUUUGCAAGUUGUUUUAUUUGUUGUAGAUCUUUAUAACAGUUCACAGAAAGAGCAAAGCAAGCAUGCCGUACUGCACGAACCAAGUCUUUGUCAAAACGUGCUGUUUUUGGCAUUUAAAUUUUUAACCUGGAAGUUGUUGUUGUUGGAAAACGGUAUCAUGCAGUUAGCAGCAGAGGAGAGAAUGCUGGCUGAAAUAGCCCCAGUCUGCAUCCAGUGAGUCAGAAUCAGCUCAGCAUGAAGUCUGGAAGCAGUAGGAAGGUGAAAAAAUACUCUGCUUGUAACACCUCAAAAAAAAACAAAACAUUUUAAAAAUCGGAUUUAUUUGUCAUUCCAUAAAAGAAAUGUAAAAACGCCCACAGGUGAGUUUAGGUGGGAGUUACGUGCUGGAACGUCUUGACAAACAACAGUGUCUCCAGCUACAGCGCAGGCUGCCAGAUACAGCUGAUAUUAACAGUAAUAACAGAGCAGGUUUUACACGUGGUGACAAAGCAACAGCGUGACCAGCUACAUGUUUGUUGAGUCACUGUUGAAGUGUUGCUGAAGCACUUGUUUAGAUCAUUAUGUCAUCACUGGCGCAUGUGUGUCUACACACAAAAAAGCACCUUGACGGAACAACUUAAAGCAAAUGUCCACUUCAGAAUGAAAAUACAGACAGUACUUACUGACCCUCAUGCUGACAAGAAGCCCAGUGUAGUUUUUUAAUCCACAAAACUCGUUCAGGGUAUCAGAGGAUAACAGCUAGCUGGAAUAACAGCUACACUUGAAGUGCACAGAACCCACAUUUUGAAAAUGUAAUAAAACUUCGCUAAUGCAUUUUAAAGACAUCAGAACGGCUCGUCCGUCGUAAUCCAAGUGCCCUGAAGCCGCGGCAUGCAACACUGACUUGAAAAGACGUAAUUUACUCCACUUUUAUAGCAUCAUUUCUCACCGUGGUCAGUCAGCCUGCCCGCAGGAGUGCUGUGUUUACAUGGCAACUCACACGAGACUCGAGAACUAGCACCACCACUAGCCAUCAGCUAGUCUCGCGCGAGUUGGGCACUUGGAUUACGGCGGAUGAGCCGUUGUGACGUUUUUGAAAUGCCUUAUCGGAGUUUUAAUACAUUUUCAAAAUGUGGGUUCUAUGCACUAAUAGUGUAUGAAAAAAUCUGGCUAGCUGUUAUCCUCCGAUACCCUGAGUGAGUUUUGUGCCUCAGCAGCAAUUAAGACGGUGAAAACAGCGUUAUCUGGUGGCCGGAAAGCACGUCUUGUUCUACUUGCUAAAUAUUGUUGUAAUUCUAAAGUUGAAAUUAAUGUUCUGUGUUGGAAAAAAAACAAAGUGAAAAAUACAAAAAAACAUAUUAUAUUCUGUGUUGGUACAAAACAAAAACGAAAUAAAUACACCACAGUGUCUCCAUGGUGAAGACAUAUAUAACCUAAUAAUGAUAGUGAUGCAAAUAACCUAAUUGUGAUGCAGGCUGCAAAAUCUGAUGCAGAGGGGGAGGGAAUAUCACCUACUUGGCAGAGGUCUGCACUCUCUGAGUGCUUUUCUAGUCAUUCUAAAGCUGGCCAUUUCCUUUAAGUUUGUAUUUGGUCAAAGGUAUCUUUGCUUUUGAUCAAUGUCUGAGCUGCAUUUUAACAUCACAUAUUUCUGCCCCAUUCUCAUAGAUAGAUAGAUAGAUGGAUAGAUGGAUGGAUAGAUAGAUGGAUAGAUAGAUGGAUAUUGCCAUUGCAUAUAAAAAAACACAACGAAAUUUCUUUUGCAGCACCAAAAGUCAGCAUAAAAAGGGCAUAAAUAGGGUUAGGUAAUAAAUAAAUAAAUAAAUAAAUAUAGAUAAUGCACAGAUAAAAUAAAAUAAUGCACAGGUAUUGCACUUGUACUGUUCAUCAGGUAAGUGUAUGUGUGUUUUUAUGAGAAUAGUGUGUGUUUAUGUCUGAGGAGAGAAUCCACAGCUCUUGGAAAGAAGCUGCAUUCCUGUGUGCACUGCAGUAAACAAAAUGUUAGCAUAGCAACAGCUAAGUAAGCUAGGUAACGCCUCAGCCAGAAACAAAAACAUAUGAUUGGUUGACGCUUCACAGCAUCACUGGAGUGCUGAAAAAGGUUAAAACUAGCUCUUUUGAAUUGUAGCGUGUCAUUACACAGUGUCAUGUGCUGGGCGUCAGUUUGUAGCUUACUAGUCAUUAGCUUCCAUUGAACAUGACUUGUAACCUGUUGCUAUAUCACUCAUUGUGUAAACGCAGCUUUAUGGUGUCCGUGUUGCCAAACUUGGCAACCUUACUGUGAGAACAAGACUUGUUUGGCAAGAAAUAGUUCCAGCGUGUAACUCCCCGUGAAACCACAAAUGAUCUUUUUAACAUUUCUGUUUAUGUGAAAAGGGAAGCAAUGAAACAGUGAAGACACAGCGUGCUUUAGACUGAUCCACGCUAACCUCAUCCUGACUCCAGAUCUGUGUUUAAUACUCAGACAGAAAGCUAAUAAGUGUGUUACCCAAAAUGUUGAACUCCUCUUAGUGUCUGUUUUUAGCCCGAGCACAACUGUGACCUGCAAUAUAGUGAGUUUAGGAUCACCAGAAGGGAACGAAGACUUCACAAUGCACUGAACGAAAGAAGGGUGUUUUCUCAUGUUUAGUUUUAGCACUCACAACACACACACACACACACACACACACACACACACACACACACACUAUGUUGGUCUGAAGCUGUCAGAGCAUCUUUUUAUGAAGCCUGUGUGGUGACAGGAAGCUGACACACGCUCAUACACACUCAUUAUUUAAAAACUGAAUACUGAGGAUGAGCGUAUCACAGCCGAGACUUGACGUUUGCUCUUACAACACAAGCACUUUGUUAAAUGAUAAGAUCUGACACAUUCCUCUGCUGACAGCCGUCCCACAGCAGAAAACCUCUAGGAAAUGGGUUGUGUAACGUGUUGUUUAAAGUCCUCCUGUCCCAAAUCAUGUUUACACACCGCGCACGUUUUGCCUUCUUCAUCUCACCCGAGAUCUUAACUGGACAAAGGUCAGUCUGCAGCUCCUCGUCAUGAUGAGGAGAGCUUUAGUCUGUGGUGUCAGUCACAUAAACCAGCGGCCAGAUGUUUAAAACCUUUUGUGUGUAUUGUGUUCAGUUGUGACAGUGCGGAUCUGUUUAAUGAUUCUCUCAGUUGUGAUGAAACAACACACACGAGCCUGACCUCCACUCCCACAGUUAACUAUUAAUAGAUACAGACAGACACACCCAGAAUGACUCGUGUGCACCUACUGUAGCACUGCUGCUACUACAGGUGCUUACCUUUGCUCUACAGGACUUUAGACCUGCCAAUGAAAGAACUGACUGUGUUGCAACAGCAGGUCCUUCUGACACAGGUUUAAUCAUCCAGUUAUCACACGCACCUGUAAACUUUCACCUGCACAGAUGUCUCAGUCAGUAUCAAACAUCAGACAUGAUUUAGUUAUAGAGCACUUACCAUUGAAACAGACUGAAAGAUAAAAGGUGAAAGAAAGACGCAAAUAAAACUCAAAUCGAACAUGCAAAAUUAAACAGCAACUUAACACAGAACUCUUGAGUUUAUAUAUGAUAUGAAAUAUAUGUACAAUCACGUAAUUAUACUAUUCUUCUAUAAUUAUACUUAUUAAAGGGAUAGUGCACCCAAAACUGUAAAUGCAGCCAUUAUCUACUCACCCAUAUGCCGAGGGGGGCUCAGGUGAAGUUUUAGAGUCCUCACAUCACUUGCAGAGAUCCAAGGGGAGAGGAGGUAGCAACACAACUCCACCUAAUGGAGGCUGACGGCGCCCCAGAUUCAAACGUCCAAAAACACAUCAUUGAAACCACAAAAUAUCUCCAUACUGCUCGUCCGUAGUGAUCCAAGUGUCCUGAAGCCCCGACAUAAAAAGUUGUUUGGAAAAACCUCAUUUGAACUCUGUUUUUAGCCUCAUUGUAGCCUGUAGCUCUGACUGCCUCUCUUUGCACUGCGCUCAUGUGUGCGCUUGCGGGCGAGACCAGCAAAAACAUGUCGCUACUAUCCCUUUAAGCUUUUUCCAGAGAAAAAAGUCUGUUGAUCAACACAAAGAAGUCUGUGAAAAUCUGACGUUUUCUUGGACUGUUCCCUCUAAAGGCAGAUUUAUGCUUGUGCAUCAGUAGUCUACGCUGUUGUGAGCAUUUAUACUUGAGCUGUGGUGUGUGUGUGUCACUCUGCAGUUACACCUCCAAACCACAAGUCAGUGGUGGGGUUUCUGUGAAGUGCUCCAAAUUUGAGUUGACUCAAAACACACAGUAAGCACACAUUAAACAUGGCUUAAUAGAGACAGUUUCAAACACAAAUCAGCUUCACUAUAACUCGCAGCAUUCACAGACAAACACUUGUCUUUAUCUGGACACAUUUUCCCCACAAAUACAACAUGCUAACGUUAUUAGCACAAGCCUAUGGCAUUUUACAUUGUAUAAAUUAGCCUAGCAGCUAGCAGAGAUUUCCUCUGCUCAUAUUUCAGCCAGGAUAAAUCACACACAGUGUGUGGAGGCUUUAUUGUCUUCACAAUUUAUUGUUUCUUAUCUGUGAAAUUAAAGUAAAUCAAAGUUUUGUUUCCAGUAGCGUAGUGGAUAGUGCUGGCGUACAGAGGCGAUGCUUCGCUGCAGCGGUCGCAGGUUCGAUUCCGGCUUGCAACCCCUUGCUGCAUGUCAUCUCCCCACUUCACACUGUCCUGUCAAUUUAAUUUUAGAGUUAAUCUCUGGGGAGGUGCACGUCAGGCUAUGGUGUCGAUUCAACACAGAAGUAUAAAUCCCUCCUCAGAUUAGGUAAUUUUAAAGAGUUUUUAAGGUCCUGAAGAGGUGAAAGUAUCCAGUGUUUCAUCUGGGAAUAAAAGGGUAAAAUUAGAGAGAAUUCAGGAAAAAUACAAAAUAUUUGUGUUUCAUCCUAUUAAUCUUCAUAUAAACCUUCAUAUUAAUCGUUGUCCCUUUGGGGUUCUUGAACACUACUUUGGAAACCUGUGUUUCUAUGAUUUAUGCCUAAAGGUUCAAACAGUCUCUUCCUUUGAAUAUACUCAUGUAAAAACUGUUUUUAUGCAAAGACAUCGCCAUACAUCUGACCCCUGGGAUUUCUGUUUUGUUGCCCUUUAUUUUAAAGCUGUGGUAGGCGGUUUUCUGGAGGAGAAAAAAAAAGGCACAAUUUGAAAAUCCCCCCUCCUCCUGCAGCUCUCUCCUCUCUGUCCUAAGCUCCUCCUACCAGUCGACCACAGGCACAUGCACAUGCUUCAUACAGUAACCCAGUGUUUCCCAUACCCACACAUAAUCUUAUUUCAUUGUAGAGUUGCAUGUAGCGUAUUCACUCCGUCCCAGUCUGUCUUUCACUUUAUCCAACCGCAAAUUUCGAGAGGAAUUAAGAAGCUAGCCAACUCAGGAGAUUUACUUUUAGUCAGCGGCUGUAGCAGUUGAAUUCAGCCAGGUCGAACCCCCCAGCACUGGGUGUCACAACCAGCUGGUGGUCAGCCACAACACUGGGUCUAACCUGUGUAACAGCAGCAACAGAAAGUUUGCUGAUGUGGCAGGGAGUUGGGGCUGUCAGGUUCCCUUGAAGCUCGGGUUUGUAAGUAUUGUCUCUGGAGCUGCUGUCUGCUCUCCUCCGAGUGGGGAGGAGAGCAGAGGCAGGGAGGGAGAAGGAAGACACACUGUGAUUUGAGGCUCUAGCUAACGUUAGCUACAUCAAAGUGAACUUUAAGCUGCAGCCGUUAGCUCCAGUAAGCAGAAGGUGAUGUGGUUAAACAGAAAACAGACAGGGCUGCUGCACUCAAUGAGCUGCUAAGAAGGACGAAGCAGGACGACGUUUCUGUUGUAAAUAAUAAGAAUCUAUUUAUUUUCUUAAUAUAAAACAUUUUCCAGCAGACCUGAAGUUAAAGCACCUGGUAGAUGUUAUUAGAGUAUUUUAUUAGGAUGUGCACUUAGCUGUGGUUCAUUUUGUUCCUCUCUCCAUCCAAAUGUCAUGUUGGUGCUUUUUCCUCAUUCCUCACAUCUGCUGACAUCUUGACACCAUUUCUGCCUCUUAAAUGUUGGAUCACUGUAGACUCUCAAAGCCAUUAAUGUUGAAAGGAGUGUGUUUAAUUUGUGACAUGUGUAGUGUGAUUUCAUGCCGUCCUCGUGUCCUGUGUUUCAUGUCCUUUUUAGGUGAUAACUGUGCUGUAGCAGCUUACAAAUGUACAUUAAGGGAGAUUGUGGCACAGACGUAUGAAGUGAAGACGUAUGUUCUGCCAUAAGGUUUAACCACUGUGACUGUGUGUCUGUUGUGAAGGAGGAGUUGACGUUUCGGCACUUAGGCCUUUCUGCUGUGAGCGUGGCUUUUAAAAAGGGACAUAGCUGUGAUAAGAUGGUAUUCAUAGUUUUCCAGCUGUAACAUCAAACAUCCCCACAGCCCCAUCUGUGACCUCAGCACUUCGUACAAUACUGGGUGAUUCAGUCUGUACGUAAACUGUAGGGGGAAAAGUCAAACUGCUUUUAUCUGUUAUUCAGCAGCACGUUUUUAUCUCCCAAGAUAUUUGCAUGAUUUCUGUCUGCCUGAAGAAAUCAGAGAGGACCUGUUGUGCUCAUGUUCAGAUUAGUUUGUAUUUUUGGUUUCUACGAGAAUACGUUUACACGCUUUAAUGUUCAAAAAACAAUUUAUGUUCCACGUACUGUCUGUGCUGGAACACAUGUAUCAACCAUCUGUCUGAAACACAAAGUUUUAGCGCCUGUCUCUUUUAACUACCACCUGAAAAAGCCCAGUCUGCUCUGAUUGGUCGGUGUUUUCGGGGCAUCUGCACCCCAGCAUUUUUGGACCAUCACUGAAACAGUGGAACGACUGUAAUGGAAAAUAACAGCAUUUUGUUUCGUGAAAAAUCACCAUUAAAAACUUGUAAACGCAACCUAACGUUCAGCAGGAAUAUGGUCCAAAAUCAUAACAACAUCAGCAUGUUUCCCUGACGUUAGCAUGUAGCUACAUGUAGCAGUGUAUGUUACCUUUAUUGACAGGACAGAGGGUGAAAUGAGGAGACAGAGAGAGAGUGGGGACUGACAUGCAGCAAAGGGCCGUGAGCUGGAUUCGAACCCGCGACCGCUGCAGCGAGGUGAUGCCUGUACACAUGGGGUGCUGGCACUAUCCACUACGCUACCAAUGUACCAAUAAAAGCUUCUAAACACAACCAGACAUGUUUCAGCAGGAGUAUGAUCCAAAAUCAGGGAGAAAUAAACAACGUCAGCAACCAAGUUGUUUCCCUGACGUUAGCGUGUAGCUACAUGUAGCAGUGUAUGUUAUGUAAACACUUGCAGUAAAGUGCCUGAAGCAGACGGCCAUAUAAAGAGUAUUCAGAGCAGUCUGAGGUUUUUGCUCACAGGAAUUACUUUUACAUACAUUUACCUCAUUAUUUUAAACUUUGACUGCAUUUAAUGUGAACAUGCGACACUGUAAUGUUAAAUAUAUGACAGAAUAUAAGACAAAGCAAAACAGGUCCCCUUUAAAUUUUUGCCAGUGUUAAAAUCCGUGCAGGCCACUGCACACUAACUGUGCAAAUAUUCAAACAGGUGGAGCCUGUGGACUUACAGAAACACCUGCAGCUGGACGACCACUAAACAAUAAUGUUUUGACUUUUCCACUAAGGCUGCCGUAUGGUUACGUUAUAUGACUGAAUCACAAAGUACUGUAUGGAAAGCUGAGAGCACAAAUGGGGCUCUGAACCAUCACCAUGUUUCCAGUGUAGCCUGAAGUUCACUGGUGUUUCUCACUUCUAUUAAACCUGUGUCUUUACCCUGAAUCAGCUGUUCAAUCAUGUUGAGACAACGCCAGGCGACGACUGUCAGAAGUGUUUUGUGACGUCGGUAAUGAUUCCUGGUCAGAACUUUUAACACCUUUUUUUUAACACCUUUAAAACUUGAAGUUAAUUUUGGGUCAUUUUUGUGCCAAACAGUGCUUCUGUUAUUUUUUUUUUCUAUCAUGAAUCAAUAUGUUUAAUAAUGUGGUCAGUAAUGUUGGUGUGUGCAUUAAAGGUACAGUUUGUCUCUUCUCAAACACACUGAUGUAACCAUGGUGGAUUUUACUGUCAACUGCAACUGAAGGGAAAAACAGUUUAAGGGCUCUUGAUGUUGAAAUGUUGUUAAAUGAAUAAAUUACAA